AUGACUGUGCUCGAGCCCAAGUCUGAGCCUGAACUGACGGCCGCACCCACGCCGCUGGUCAUUGAGGACAGCUAUAUUGCAAAGCAUAGGGAGUUGUACCACACUGGCUCCCUGGACCCCAACCUGAUCGACGAGAACGAUAAUGGCGUGACAUCCAUCUACACUAGCUCACCCAGUAAGACUGUGACCGAGAGCCCUGGCACAUCGUGUGAGAAUAGGAUCGACGCAUUGUAUCUCGACAACUCCACCCCGAGUAAGGCAUACAGGCUCGAGACGUAUCGCUUGCAGGGCCUUGUAUCUGCUACCGCAUCGCAACAGCUGUGCUGCUACUUCAUUACCAAGUGCAACUUCCCCACCAGUCCACCUUCUUUGAUGUAUACAGAUGGUAAAAUGGACAUCUGCACCAUCUCUGACCCAGUGUUCCUCGAGAAGGCCAGCGAGAACACGCUGGAAAUCUACCAGAAUGUGAUGUGGAAUGUGGAGAUGCGUUACGGGCCUGUCAUCGAGGUCAUCGAGGUGGAGGGCAGCUGUGAGCGCAGGCUCGUCAUCGGGUAUAAGAUGGGCAGCACGAGCAAGUUCUUCAGUGCCCUCUCAAAUCUGUACCACUUCUAUGCCCUCUAUUCCACGCGCAAAUAUGUCGAGCAAUUCUCGAAUGGCAUCACGAUUAUAUCCUUGUAUCUUAACCCUCUCCCGAGCGUGCUGAAUGCUCCCCCAAUCGAGCAUUCCAUAUUCCAAGUGAUGAAGGAGGCCUCGCUGUUAUAUUGCCUGCCCGACAACCCCUUCUUCUCUGCAGAGCCCGCCAGAACAGCGGGCAUGCCGUGCAGGAGGCGACUUAUGCUUGUACAUCACUUUUGUGUCUCACUCUUAGGUGACAUCAUUAUAUCUGAGUCGCAUCGCGUCUGGGACACAGACUGCGGUUGGGUGUUCGCGCAGCACUUCUGCAACCAUCUUGGGCCGGCGUACCUCGCAUUGAAGAAUAUUCUCGACGAGUCGAACCCGUCACAUGCGGAAGUGCUGAACAACAUCAAACACCGCUUCAGGGAGGAGACCUUCAUGCGAGAAAGCAUCGCGCAGGUCAUCCAUGCACAUGCUGACCUCAUUAACUUACUGCCUAUGCUGUCAUACCAGCAUCUCCAGACCCAAGUCCCACUGUCCGAUGAGGACCUCUAUGACAAGAUCAGGAAAACUGUGCACAACAAGCAUGAGCUGCAGGUCCUUGAGAGCUUCUUGAUCUUUAACAAGCACGUCCUUAAGACCAACUUUUACCAGCCGACUAAGGUCGCACUGUCGUUCCACCUCACGCCAGACUUCCUGCCUGAGGUGGAGUACCCGAAGAAACCGUUUGGCAUGUUCUUCAUCAUUGGCGGUGAAUUCCAUGGCUUCCACAUCAGGUUCAGGGACGUCGCGUGGGGAGGUAUCAGGAUUGUCAUGUCGAGGAAUAGUGAGAACUACUCUAUUAACCAGAGAAUGCUGUUCAAUGAGAACUACGACCUAGCAUCGACGCAGUCCCUAAAGAACAAGGACAUCCCAGAAGGCGGUGCUAAGGGCACAAUCCUACCUUUGUACAUUUCAUCUUCCUUUCUUCCAUUUCACACUUGCCGUUCAGGCACUGACAGCCGCUUGUCCUGCUUCGCAGAUUGGGUUCAAGCCCAAGAUUGUGCUUCGAGAAAUACGUGGACCCCUGGGAUCAAGGAACGUCUGAUCAAUCUGUAUGGCAAGCCGGAGCUGCUGUUCUUCGGUCCGGAUGGUGCAUGCCCGUCGCCUCCUUCGGACCAUUUCAUACUCACUAUGGCGAUGAUAGAGGGUACUGCGGACAUGAUGGAUUGGGCAGCUCUGCACACACGCGCCCGCGGUGCGGAGACCUGGUGGAAGUCAUUCACGAUGGGCAAGAGCACAGAGACGCUCGGCGGCAUCCCACAUGACCAGUUCGGUAUGAUGUCACUCUCAAUUCAGCAGUAUGUGCUCGAGAUCUACAAGCAGCUUGGGCUUAGGGAGAAGGAUAUCACGAAAGUGCAGACUGGCGGACCUGAUGGUGAUCUUGGCUCAAAUGAGAUCCUUCUCAGCUCCGACAAGACCAUCGCUCUGCACGUCCCUGUCACCCACUUCGACAAGUCCAAGCUCAGCAAGGACAGAUAUUUGGUGCACGUGGAGGACCAGGACCUCAAACUGCCAUCUGGGGAAGUCAUUCUGGACGGUACUGAUUUCAGGAAUGGCGCGCAUUUGCGGUUCAAGGCCGGCUUGUUUGUGCCUUGCAGUGGACGACCCGAGGCUGUCAAUAUAUUGAAUGUUGCCGCUCUGGUGGACUCGGAGGGCAAGCCGCACUUCAAGUACAUCAUCAAGGGUGCGAAUCUGUUCCUGACACAGCAAGCGCGUCUUUAUCUUGAGAAGCAGAAAGUUGUACUGUUCAAGGACUCUAGUACCAACAAAGUAGGAUCAAGCACAUUAUAUGCACACCAUCAAAGCCCUCAUGUUGCCCCUUCAGGUGGUGUCACGAGCUCAUCGCUGGAGGUACUCGCUGGGCUCAUGCUCUCAACACAAGAAUACGUCGACCUAAUGAUCUUCAAGAACAGGAAGCCAUUUCAAGCGAGGGUCACUGAGAAUGCUGUGGCAGAGUUCCAGUGCCUCUGGCGGGAGCACGUGCAUGCACAGGGUGUGAAGGCAUGCACGUUCAUCUCAGACGAGCUGUCAAUCAUGCUCAAUGACCUGCAGACCGAGUUGGAGGGUUCGGACCUGUACGAAGAUCCUGCGUGCUGA